AAAUGCGUUCAGUCUCUGAAAUACAACCGUAAGGGUAGGUUGCCGUCAGUCGGCUCGUGGAAAAGCGAACAACGCGCGCUCUGUGUGUGUUUUUAGCCGCAUUCGCCCCGUUUCGAACGGUGUGGCAUUUGUUUUGACGGGUCGCAGAACUCGUGCUGCCCUGCUGUUCAGUGUUACGAAUGUUUGUCUCGUGUCUGUAGUGAUUUGUGCAAACGUCGUAAAACGGCAGAAAUUUUGUGCUGGUAAACGCAUAUUGGAUGAAAUUGGGCGAUUCAGUGUCAAGAAAAUAUAGGAUAAGAGUAUUAAGCAAAAGAUUGAAUGACAAAUAAAAAUUUAAUUUUCAACCAAGGCGAGCGCUUUUUUUUGUUGGUAAAGUGUGAAAUGCGAAACAAAAACACAAUUCCUAGGUAAUAAAAAAAGCCUUUCUGCUUUACCUUACAAGCAUAUACAGAGAGCAAAACGAUCGUAAAAAAACAGGGGAACUCUAUGUUGGUGCGUUUCGAAUGUUGCUUUCGCGCUCGGGGUGGAGAUCGCCCCGAUCGGAGAAGGUAGCUGUUGGUUGUAAAAGCCGGUUCCCUGAAGAAGCUCACCUUGGUGAAGAUCUCCUCCUUGCCCGGUUACCAAAAGGUAGACGCAAGGCGCUUCCGUAAGUGUGUGUUUUGGAUGUUCGUUUUGCCGCUGCCACCCAAAUCCCUGUGCGUGUGUGUGUGUAUGUGUGGUUGUGAGAGUUGCACUCAAUCCAAACCCCAAAAAAGGUGUUGCGUGAACUUGCAAACGUAAAAUCCGGGAUAAAACAUCAUAAUCAACCUUUUGCAGGGUGUUUGUUUGCUGAUAACAACGUUCUGUAUUAGCUUUUGCGCAGAAAAAAAUGCGUCACUCUUUAUCGGUAUGCACACCGGUGGUGGGGCAUAAUGCUGAUUUCGAACCGGAAACCGGAUUCUUUGCUGUAGGUUUGAAAGGGGGUAACCGCGAGACAGUUCCAGUAGGAAAAACCGGUUUUUCUCGAUGAAACUUGACUGCUAAUUUCCCCAAGCAGUACGAGCGGAAUGAUCGCGAGCUUGUCGUAUUGGAAGUUGAUAAAGUAUUAACUAGCAGAAAAUCGGUUUGCCUGUCGCGAUACAUCUUAGAGUUUGCCUUAAUUCGCCCCCGGUUGGUAGAGAAAGGAAAACACGCGAAUCCAUUGCUUAACGGUUUGCAGAAAGUGCAUAUUGGUGUAUAUGUGUUUUAUUUGUUUGCAGUUUAUUUCCAGUGUUUUGAGUGAUUGUGGUUUUAUCGGUCGAGUGUUGCUGCUGUGCAGGACGUUGUCUUAAAUAGUCCUGAUAGUGUUUUUGUGUGUGUGCAUGCGUGCUGUGCUGUAUUGUGAUGAUGAUAAUUCUUGUGUUUGGUAGUGAAUGAUUAAAACGAAGUAAUAAAAGUUGCAGAAAGAGAAGAAAAGGAUCCAGUUCAGCCGAAAACGGAGAAGAAGCUUUUAAAGGUGGAAAACUGCAUCCGUGAGUCAAACUCGCCCGAUUGUGAAAGCAAUUUUUGCUUGUCAUCGACCAUCCACCGUCUGGAAGGGAGCCAAUUUCCUAUCCAGCCCAAUCCGUUAGACUUCCCUGACCGGCAAACGAAACAUUCGCGUCGAGACAGCAACUUCCAAGGGCAUUAUUAGCAACGGUGCGGCAAAGUGAAAAGGUAAUUAUCGUAGAUGGAUCUAAUCGGAAGGACAUCGUUUGACCCUUUCCACCUCAAAAAAGGCUCCCACUUGCACAGACAUGUGGUGAGUGAAUGAGCUGCUUAAGUGGAUGGGGUUUUGCCCCACUUUUCGGUACAUACACGGCCCCUACACCGGAAAUCGGCAGCGUUGACAGCAGGAUACCCGGACAGACCGUCCGAUCGGCACUUCAUGAUCCCUCAAACCGCCAAGGUAUCAGUGUGGCUCGGGCUAGUACGUUGGUUGUGAAAAUAAAAAUGUCAUAAGCCGAUUAAGAGAGCUAUCGGAGUGCUUUUCCAUCGAUGUUACCAGCAAACGGCAACAACACACCAACCGUACACGACGCCAUGAGACAGCUGCCGCCUACCGAUGCACCGUUUGCGUACGCCCAGCAGCGACCGACGCAAGUCUGAAGGAUUGCUCCAACCACGAUAAGGGGUUCGCAGCAAGUUGCAAGUUUAGUGCAGCAAAACGCCCCAUUAGGCGUAUCAAUUUUCAUCUUCCCCACACACACACACACACACCGUUACACACGCGCGUUGCGACCUACGGCCACUGCAAGGCCACCGUCACCAUGUCGCACCGUAUGUCGCCAAAGACGCGGGUCGUGUUCAAGUUCAUCUUCGGGCUCGGCAUCUGGUCGUUUCUAGUGCUGGGUUUCUUCAAGCUGAAUGGCGACCCGGUAAUGCCGCACCAGUUCCAGCAAUCGCCCAUCAAUGGCCGGCUGCUGCUAAACAAGGACAACCGAUGGACCGGAAAUGAGGCCACGUCAACCACCACCGACCGCUACUUGUCGCCGGCCGGGCUCGCGGGCGCAAUGGCCGGCGUUGACGAGGUGCUCGUCGAUAAUCGUGCUGUGAUCGAUGACGAGCAGCUGGUGCGGGAUGUGGAAUCGCGGCUUCCCUCGCUACCGAUCGCGUACUGGAGCAAGCACAAGAACGUGGUGCAGAAGAAGGCAUCGUGCGCCCGCUAUCCGUCAAUCUUCGAGCUCGAGUUCAACAACAUCUACUGGCAGACGCUACGUAGCACGAACGGUACGUUUCAGCUGUUCGGUGCGUACUACGACAUCCGGAAGCGGUCACGCAUUGGACCGGCGGUACGCAUCCUCGGCAUGAUCGACCGGAUCGAACCGCGGGUGAAAACUUUCUGUCAGCUGUGGUUCGACGGUCAGAAGGAACCGUUCAUCGUGAAGACGUUCGAGUACAAGUACAUCUGGUUCAACAAGUGGGGCAACUACAAGCAGGGCAUCUAUCAACCGUAUCUGAUCGCUUGUCAGAUCCCGAAACCGUUCCGUGGUCUGGUGCCGGCUUCGGUAUCGUUGGUGGAGAAGCAGUGCGACACGGCCACGAACAAUUUGCGCGUACUGUACAACCGGCCGCUGGACGAUGAGAAGCGCGGUUUUGCGGUGUGCGUCAAGGGGUUGGACUUUCUGUACGACGAUCUGUCGGUGCGGUUGGUCGAGUGGAUCGAGCUGCUUGGUAUGCUCGGUGCGGAUAAGGUGUUCUUUUACGAGCUUCAGGUACAUCCGAACAUCUCCAAGGUGUUGCGCUACUACGAGGAACAGGAACGGGUACACGUGACGCCACUAACGCUCCCGGGUGGGCAACCGAACGUACCUGGGUUUCAGCAUUUGUUCCUCUCGAAGAAGACGACACACAAACGCCAGAACGAACUGAUCCCGUACAACGACUGUCUGUACAAGAACAUGUACAAGUACAACUUCAUCGCGCUGCUAGACAUCGACGAGGUCAUUAUGCCAAGCCGACCGGAGGACCGUACCUGGCACCAUCUGAUGGAGCGUGUGGUCGCGAAGGGCAUGAAGCUAAAGAACGACACCUACCCGAGCUACAAUGUGCGCAACGUGUACUUCUUCGAUCGCGGUGAUCAGCACGAUCACGAAUGGGCAAAGGAUACGCCACGGUACAUGCACAUGCUGCAGCAUGUAACGCGCGCAAAGAAUUACACCAAACCCAACCAGUACGUCAAAUGUUUCCACAACCCGGAACGGGUACUGACGCUCCACAAUCACUUUCCGAUUGCGUGUCUGGGCGGUACCUGUCACUCGUAUCCGGUGUCUACGGAGGACGCACAGCUACAGCACUAUCGGGCCGAUUGCGUGCGAACGUUGAAAAAGAGCUGUGAAGAGUUCAAGGAAAAUCAGGUGCGUGAUACCACGAUCUGGAAGUACAAGGACGAACUGAUACAGCGCACGCGCCGUACGCUCGACGUGCUCGGGUUCUUCAAACCGUCGUCUACGGGCGGGAGCGGUGGGUCACUGCUGCGCGGUGGCAAGGACUCACUCUACAAACGGUGACUGUUGGCCCGGGUUCGAAGUCUCUUCAGUCUCUAGUAGGAGCGCGAUCUGUGAGCGCACUUUAAGCCGAUCCGGAGAGAUGUAAAAGCGUGUAGUAAUACACUACUACGUCGGCAACUACUAUUACUACUACUACCACUAUUACUACUACUGUUACUGCUAUUUUUAGUAUUAGUGCUAUUACUGCUACUACUACUACUACUACUCAAGCUACCAGUAUGAAUAAGUCUAAGUUAUGCAGACGAUAACGGUUGCGAUAGUAAAAUGGUGCAAAAACAGAUGCAAUGUAUAAAGCCACUAAGCUGUAAGUGGGGUGUGGUUGAACUAAAAAAAAAGGGUUAGUAAAUACGAUAUACUAAGCGAGGGAUCCCGGGAUUCUAGGCGAUGCGAAUUUAGUGCUCGAACAAUUAGUGAGCCGUUGUUCAUAGUAGUAUGUGAGCAGACUAGUACUAUGCGGGAUAAACCUAUGAGGCCUUCCCGUAUAUACAAUGUGUAUGUGUAUUUUUGUGUAUAACCCUAGUGAUCCUGUAAUUAAGUAGGUUUUGUGAUAGUCACUGCUGAUCCACUUUUCCUCGAUCAAUCGCUCGAUCUUUUGUUCAUUCUUAAUCUCUAGUGUGUGUGUUGAAUGAAUGCGUGUGUGAAGAUGUGUGUUUGAACGUGUGUUUUAAUAAGCAUACAUCCGUGUGAUUGCGAUUGUACAAAGUAAUUGUGUGUGUGUGUGAGUGUGCGGAAUGAAUACAAAAUAGUAAUCGAAAAAGCGUUUCGAAACCCAGUUGAGUUUUUCACCCCAGUUGAUCCCAAUUUUCCCCCGGGGGCAUCUUUUCAUUUCAUCCGUUCCUAACCGUGCUGCGGUAUUGAUUCUGACGAAAAAACAGAAAUAGAGAAAGAUUUCCUACUUAUCCACACAAAAAAGCAUGUGCAUUGUGCCGGCUGCUUAACUAUACCCGUUAGCCCUUUUAAACGUUAGUCGCCCCGGUUCACUGGGUUUUUCACUGCUAGGAUGAGCUGAAACGAUUUUGCAACAAAUUUCACGCACAACGCACGAUCAAUUCACUCACCAACGGACGUAGCGUUGUCGCGGCGUUCGUUCGCGCUUCGUUAACUCCUUUCCUCGUUGUUCUAUUUAUAUACGAAAUAAGUAAAAGCAUAUGAUAGUUAAGCGUG